CUACAAAUUAAGUUCAAAACUGACAUGUUUUAGACCUUGUGAGCUACUUAAGCUGACAUCCACCAGGUUAAUGCUGUCCAUUAAUUCUUUUCUUUUUCUCUUCCACUUGUUUCAUCCUAUUAACAUAUACUGUUUUGCAAUCAUUUCCCUAAAACUUUUGGUGUUUUCUUCUCACGGGCCAAAUAUUGCAAAAAAAUUUGUUAAUUUCUUCUUUCUUCUAGUGCUGAUAAUCUCGUCCGUAGCUAUCUUCCUUUCUGAAGGCUAAAGCUAGAAACUGCUAUCACAACCAUUGCUUCAAUGCUCCAAAAAGCUUUAUUGAUCCUAUUGGGAGUAUCAAUUUCCAAAGCCAUCAAAUUCAUCUCUCGUUCGCGUAAUGGUAACCAACCUGUUGCUAUUGCUGCUAGCUCUGAAGACGAUAUUAUUUUAACUCAAACGGUUUCUCCUCCUACUACCAAGUAUGAUGUGUUCCUUAGUUUUAGAGGAGAAGACGCUCGCCACAAUUUUGCAAGUUAUCUUUACAAAGGACUUCGAGAUGCAAGCAUCCAUACUUUUAUGGAUCACAAACUUCGAAAAGGAGAAUCAAUCUCACCGAUUCUUCUAAGAACAAUAGAGGAAUCAGAAAUAUCUAUCCUUCAAGCAUACGCAAACAAAAUGGGAAUUUUGGAAAAGGAUUUGAUGUAUUGAAGCAAAGAUUUAAAGA